UUCCUUGAGCGCCAAAUCUAAACUAACAAGCUGACAUCUCCCGCAGCUGCUGCAGUAUCCUGAGCUGUUUUUCUUUAUUUCUUUUUAUUUUAAGGAAGAUUUGCUUAUUUUUUCCGAAGAUGUCUCUUACUCCAAAAAGGCGCUGCCCAGACUCAAUGAACGACUCAAUGAAUGACUCAAUGGAGAAGAGGAUAAAGCGGAUUUCUAUCGAGGGGAACAUCGCGGCGGGCAAAUCUACCUUUGUGCGCCUUUUGGAGCAGGAAAGCGCGGACUGGGAGGUCGUACCAGAGCCGAUCGCCAGGUGGUGCAAUGUUCAAACAACAGGCAGUGACUUUGAGGAGCUGACCACCUCUCAGAGGAGUGGAGGGAACAUCUUGCAGAUGAUGUAUGAGAAGCCAGAGCGGUGGUCCUACACUUUCCAGAGCUACGCCUGUAUCAGCAGGGUGCGCGCCCAGAUCCGAUCAGCCAACGGGAAGCUCAGAGAGGCCGAGAAUCCUGUGCAGUUCUUCGAGCGGUCCAUCUACAGUGACAGGUACAUCUUUGCAGCCAACCUCUAUGAGAGUGAAUGCCUGAAUGAGACUGAAUGGUCUGUCUAUCAGGACUGGCAUGGCUGGCUGCACAACCAGUUUGGCAAGCACAUCGAGCUGGAUGGCAUUAUCUACCUCAGAGCCUCACCAGAGAGAUGUUUAGAGAGGUUACACCUGAGAGGCAGAGAGGAAGAACAAGACAUCCCUCUGGAGUACUUGGAGAAACUUCACUUUAAGCACGAGAGCUGGCUGCAGCACAAGACCCUCAACAUGGAGUUUGAGUAUCUCAACGACGUGCCAGUCCUGACCGUAGAUGUGAAUGAAGAUUUUAAAGGAGAUAAAAUCAAGAGUGCUGACAUGAUUGAGAAGGUCAAAGAGUUCUUGAGCGCUCUAUGAACACCACCAGGAAGAAAAGGAAGAAGAUUGGAUGGAUUAUUCCUUUUAAAGCCUCAACAGUGACGCUUGCUUGUCUAUUCGUCAAUUAAAAAGGCCGGGCAUUAAUAUUAUUAUUUUUUUUUUUAAAGCUUCUUAGUUUUUUUUUAAGGAUUUUAUCUGUGUUGAUGUGUACAAAUGAUAUUGUAAUGUAUGUCCCCUGAUAACAAUGACAAUAAACUUGUUUCUUUUUCUUGAUUGCUUUUCGCAAAAGCAAGAACCGGCUCAUUCCUGGUCUUUCUGCUCUUUGCAGCUCUUCCAGGAGAUGUCGCCAGUCUCCAUUAAAGCAGCCCGGCUAUUUCUCACUUCUCUGCCUGCCUUUACAAAGAUAUCCGAAAUUAGCUUCAUUUCAUUUUUACUUUUAAUGUUUUUUUUUGUUUUUGUUUUUUUUAAAGCAGAGAGAAUACA